AGUGUCACUGCGCCUGCGCUAACACUGGGACUGCCGUACUUUUACUGACUCUCUUUUUCUGUGGAGAUCUUUUAAAAGCUGGCGAUAAUCAAUAAUAUCACGCAGGCGCAGUCAGAGUGAGAAGAACUGUCGGAGCUGACCAUAGACACGAUCAAGGAUCGAUAUCAGCUAAUCAGAAAGGCGGUGUUGCGGCUGUGAUGACGUCAGGGCCGCUGCUCAGGUAGCUCCGUGAUCGAUAAUCGGAGGUGAGAGAUGGCGCUGCAGCUUCCGGCCGAGUUGUGGCUGAAGGUGUUCAGCUUUCUGUCCUGGAGGGACAAACUGAGCAUGCGCUGCACCUGCUCAUACUUCAGACACCUGCUGGAUAAGUCCCGCCCCCUGUGGAGGGGCUUCAGCGUGGUGCUGCAGAACCUCUCGCGCUACAACCGCUCGUUCUGGCGUAGCCUGGCUCAGAGGCACGUGGGCAACGUGCUGCUGCGCUCAGGUAAGAGGAAGCACCUGAAGCAGCUGCACGCCUGGCUACCGGCGCUCUGCGGCCUGCGACUGGACGACUGGAGAGAAGGGAGCGUGGAUGAUCUCAGACUAUUCCGCCAGCUUCAGCGACUGUCCGUCACUUCCUGUUCCAUACCGCUGAGGAACCUGGACUUCCUGUUUCCUCUGAGUCAGCAGCUGACGCAGCUCAGCCUCUGUAACGUGCAGCUCACCUGUUCUGCCUCUCACCUGUUGGCCGCCGUUGGUCAGUUGACGUGUCUGACCUCGCUACUGCUGCACCACGACGGCAGCCUAAGGGUCCCAUCCCUCAGCGGUGUCCUCGCUCACCUGAGCGAGCUCACACACCUGUCCUGGACCAUGAUCACCUACAGGACGCUUCCACAUGACUUCUUCAGCCCCGCCCACCACACAGGUGACGCCGCACUGCAGCUGCUGGACUUGCAGCUGCUGAAUUAUGACGCCGUGGUGACACAGGAAACGCUGCAGCCUUUGUCCCGCCUCCGUAGCCUGUCAGUGUUCCACCUGUACUCUGUACCUGGACCCACCUGUCACCUGCAGACGUGGCUGACGUCACUGCCACACCUAACCAACCUCAGCAUCCACGGUGAGUGUCUGUUUCCCCCCUUCGUAUUUGUCUAUCUGAGCAUCUCUCUUAUGUCUGCAUGUUCAAUAGGAGGCCACCCCCUGGCAUCGUACGCUGACUUCCUGCCCACCUCGCUGCUCAGCCUGACGCUGUGUGUGGACCUGCAGCCCAACGACCUGCGGGUGGUCUCCGCCCGGGCACCGCAGCUUGAGCAUCUUCACCUGGAGCCCUGGAGCUCGUCAUCCGACCUCAUCAGACUCCUCCCACAGCUGUUCCCUCAUCUGAAAACGCUGCGGAUAAGGCACCAGCACGUGUCCGACGAUGACUUCCUGCAGCUGCAGCGACUGCGGCGCCUCGACACUCUGGAGGUUCUGGACUCGUACUACAGACCUGACCCGAGCGACCCAAGCCGGGUCAUCUUUGAGCCGAGUCCUCGUUUGCUGCGGCUGACCUCUGACCUGCAGAGACUGACCAAUCACAGAGUGAGAGUCAUCACCAGCUCACAUGGAGACCUGCUCAGCUGCCACUGUGUCUGACCAGUCAGUGAGAGUCUGCCCACCACGAUCAAGAUGUAAAACAAAACGUACGAUACGAAAGAAAGGACGAGAUCAUCGACAUCAUCACCAUCAUCAACAUCAUCAUCAGAGGGGGAGGUUCAAAGCUUCUGUGUAGUCAUGGUUACGCUCAAUGAUAUGGCGAGGGUCCGGCCGCAGCUGCCGUUAUCACUGCUGCAUUCUGGGUAACGCUUUGGUAAUCAAUCACUUUAUUGAACCUUUGAUUUCAGACACUGAAUGUGUUUCGGGACUUUGAAUCGGUUGAUAAAUAAAAAGUUGUUUGUUUGUUUUUUAAUUUGAUUUAUUUCACGGUUUGAACUUUAACCUUUUUCUGAGGUCACAUGUCAUAUUUGAAUCUUUUGAAUAAUGACAUGUGUUUU